CGCUUUCCCUCUGUGACUCUCAUCUCUGUCGCAGUACUUGCUCGACUGAGUCGACGACGUCGUCGUCGUCGUCGUCGUCGCCGUCGUCGUCGUCAGUGCCGCGUUCAAGGCGACCGGGCGCAACCAACCCCCGCGGGCAACCCAGUGACAGUUUUUUCUUUCUCUCGCUCCCUCUCGCUGCGCGUUUCCCGUGUACCGCGAGGGUGGACGCCGCGGGGCUCCGAGCCACCGAACAAAACCGGAAAACAAGAAACUCACCUUCAUCAAAUCCGCCAGACGACGUAAUUAGAGAGAAAAAUGAGCGAUUACGGUCGACGAGGAGGCGGAAGACGGGGCGACUUCGAGGACGAUUACGAUUACGAGCUGCCAAGGGAGAACGCGGGCGGAGGAGCUCGUCGUAGAACACGCGACGAGGGUUACGAUAUGAGGGGCGGGGGUGGGGGCGGAGGCGAUCACGGUGGUCCUGGCACCCUUCAACGGCUCGACAGCAUCCAGGAUCCUGGCAAGCGUUACAUGCUCAAUGACGUUAUCGGCUCCGGAGUUUGUGCCGACGUUUACGAGGCCGUGGACACUCAAGCCGGUAACAAGCGGGUAGCCGUCAAGGUCCAAAAACUCACGCCGGAGAGCCAAGCUCUGAUCGUCGAGGAGUACAGAGUCUUCAGAGACUUCGCCGGUCACCCAAAUCUGCCAGAUUUCUACGGGAUUUAUCGCAAGCGUUCGGGAAGGAAGGGGGAGUUUGAUCAAAUAUGGUUCGCCAUGGAGUACUGCGAGGGUGGCCCGGUGAUGGAUCUCGUCCGGGGGCUUGUGGCGAGCGACAAGAAGAUGCGCGAGGAACACAUCGCGUACAUCCUCAAGGAAGUCAUCAAGGCAUUGGUACAUCUGCACGAAAACAACGUAAUCCAUCGUGACGUUCAAGGGAGCAAUAUUUUAUUGACGAAAGAGGGUGAAGUGAGGCUCGUAGACUUUGGACUGACGCGUAUGAUAAAGGGGGAAAUGGGAAAACGCAACACGAGCAUCGGCUCGCCGUGCUGGAUGGCACCGGAAGUCGUGAUGAGCAACGCCGAGCCCCCGGUCGGUUACGGAAGUCGAGCGGACGUUUGGGCCAUCGGAAUAACCGCGAUCGAGCUCGCCGAUGGGAAGCCACCCUUCCAGGACAUGCAUCCGACUCGAGCGCUUUUCCAAAUCGUCAGAAAUCCACCCCCCGGACUCUACCGGCCCGCCAAUUGGUCACAGAAUUUCAAUGACUUUAUCGCCGAAUGUCUGGAGAAGAAUCCCGACAACAGACCAUUCAUGGCAGAAAUCAUGGAACAUCCUUUCCUUUCGGAACUACCAGAAAAUGAUUAUCCCUUGACCCAAGAGAUAAAAGCUCUGGCGCUGAACUACGGCGACAAGGGGAAAGUAGGUCGCAAACCAGACGUCAUCGUGCGCAAGGGAUUCUUAAAGACUCACCAAACCGAUGCGCCCGAACAAAUGUUGACGGAGGAUCUAGCGGCUCUGGAAAUCCUGACGGAAGAUGCUGUCCUGGACGAACUGCACGCUAGAUUGCGACGAGGAUAUUUUCACACGUUCAUCGGGGACGUGCUGCUCAUCAUUAAUCCCAACGAGAUUCAAGACAUUUACGGCCCCCACAUGCACGCAAAAUAUCAGUGCAAAUCGAGAUCCGACAAUGCGCCCCACAUUUAUUCAGUCGCUGACAGCGCCUUUCAAGAUGCUUUUCACAACGAGGAGCCUCAACAUAUUUUGUUGGCCGGCGAAUCUCAUUCUGGAAAAACGACCAACGUUCUCCACGUGGUUAAGCAUCUCAUGUACCUCGGCAAGGGCUUAACGGACACCGGAAACAGGGUGAUGAAAGCGAUGCAACUGAUCCACGCGUUCUGCCAUGCCGCAACGCCUUUGAAUCCGAACUCAACGAGAUGCGUCCUUCAAACCCAAACGACUUUUGGCUCGACUGGAAAAGCCUCGGGCGCGAUAUUCUGGCUUUAUCAGCUCGAAAAGUGGCGAGUUUCCACGCGCGAUCGAAAUCAAUCGAAUUUUCAUAUUUUCUACUACUUCUACGACGGCCUCGAAGCUACGAACAAAUUGCGCCAAUACUCGCUGACGCCCGGUCGUAAGUUUCGUUACAUGAGGAUCGGCGACAAGAGUACAGGGAACAAGAGAUCGUUCAAAGUGCGAAACGACCCGGCCGGCAAUAGCUUGAAAUACAGUGAAAUGAGGGAGAUUUUGAAGCUCAUGGAGAUGGAGGAACACGAGCAAGUUAUUUGGAAAACCCUCGCGGCUAUUUUGAUCCUCGGUGAAGUUAAAUUCACCGAGGGUAACAACGGCGAGGCCGAAGUCGAGAGCGUCGACACCGCCGAAAUAGUUGCUGAUCACCUGGGCUUGGAUUCGAAAAAAUUCAUUUGGUCGCUGACGAAUUAUUGCCUGAUAAGAAAAGGUGCCGCGGUUCGUCGUCGACACACGUGUGAAGAAGCUCGGGAGGCAAGAGACGUGCUGGCGAACACUCUUUACCAGCGUCUCGUAGACUGGCUGGUCAAUAAUAUCAACGAAAAGUUGACAGUGACUCGAGCACUUUUUGGCGACAAAUUCAGCAUCAGCAUUCUCGAUCUCUUCGGCUUCGAGUGUUUCGCCGUCAACAGGAUCGAGCAGCUGGUCGUGAACACGAUGAACGAGCAAUUGCAGUGCCACUACAAUCAGAGGAUAUUCGCCUGGGAAAUGCAAGAGCAACAAGAGGAAGAAAUCCCGGUGCAGCAGCUACACUUCUACGACAACAAGGCAGCGAUAGAUCAGUUGAUGGGCAAGAGCGAUGGUCUUUUCCACAUAAUUGACGAGGCCUCGAGACAGUUGCAGGACGCUCAAUACAUUCUGGAAAAAAUAAAUCGUCGUUCAAAAAACAUGAACGUCAAAUCGGUCGGGACUCACGAGUUCACCGUCGCUCAUUACACUGGAAAACUUAUAUACGACGCGAGCGAAAUAUCUGAGAAGAAUCGUGACUUCGUGCCCCCUGAAAUGAUCGAGACGUUCAGACUCUCGACUUCGAACCACGUCAAAUCGAUGUUCGUCAACGCAUUGACCAAGUCAGGCAACCUGACCAUUGUCGUCGACCACCCCAAGCCGGUCGAGAAGAAAACUCCGAAGAGCAAAUGGGGUUGCCUCAUGCAAGAAACUCACAAAAUAAGGAAAUACAACACCGCAUCGAGGGGUCAAUUUUCUCAGACCCGGAAAAUGCGAACUUGCGCAGCAACCUUUCGCUCGACGAGUCUGGAAAUACUGAAGAAUCUCUCGGUCGGUGGUGGCAGCGGUGGAACUCAUUUCGUUCGCUGCAUCAGAGCCGAUCUCGAGGGCAAGCCCAAAGGAUUUUAUCGGGAAGUCGUGAAACAGCAAAUCCGAGCUCUCGCGAUACUCGACACGGCGAAAGCUCGGCAACGUGGUUACCCGCACAGGAUACCCUUCCAGGAGUUUCUUCGGAGAUACAAAUUCCUGGCGUUCGAUUUCGACGAGAACGUGGACAUGACGAAGGACAACUGUCGCCUGCUGCUCAUCAGGCUCAAAAUGGAAGGUUGGGUAAUCGGAAAAACCAAAGUUUUUCUCAAAUACUACAACGAAGAAUAUUUGUCGCGUUUGUACGAGACGCAGGUGAAAAAAAUCGUCAAAGUCCAGUGCAUGCUGCGAGCUUUCCUAGCGCGCAAAGCAACCAAAAGCACGAAAGCAGUCAAGAAAGAACUUGCGAAGAAAGCGUCGAUCCAGAGGACGGCGACGCAGGACAUAUCCGACGAACAAGCUGCGGUGAUGAUACAGAAAGCAUACCGGGGUCAUGCGGUGAGGAAAGAGCUGGGCCCGGUCCUGAAGGGGGGGGAGCUGGAUCAGGGGACGAAGGACUUCAUGAGGUAUUACAGCAGCAAAUGGAGGUCGAAGAGCAUGUUUCAAGUCCUCCUACAGUACCGUGCAGCCCGUUAUCAAGACCUCGUGCAAUUUUCGCAGCAAGUCCAUCUUUACAGUCAAGCAUUGCAAGCGAAUCUGCAGACGACGAUUGAGCGCGUGCCUCUAGAAAGAAUAGACCCAGGCAUGAAAGUGUCAGCUUAUCUAGGCCAGUCGAAACCCCCCCAAGUUAACAAAUUGCCGUUCAACAUUCAUCAAGAGUUUCCAUACUUCGAUUCUUCAUACAUGAACGAUCCGAGAAAGGCACAUUCGAAGAGAGGAGGAGCUGGAUCUGUGACAUCCUCAGCGUCUGACGACGAACACGAGGCCUGGGACGCACCGUUGCGGAGACAAACCGUGCCUUGGGCCAACGACAACGUUCAUACGAGAGACGUCGAGGUACAAACGACGAACUCGCCGCAUCGUGUAGCCCAGCCGACUAUCAGCGGAGGCCAAAGUCUUAUCAACACACCGUUUUCCAGGGACCCGAAUGUCCCAGUGCGAUGCCCCCCGGAAGAAGUGCCAAAGUCGAGGCAAGAUUCCGUUUAUCAACCUACAACCAGCAGCCGUACUAAGCUACCAUUGGCUCCUAACGCUCAUCAUUCUCGCUCAAAUAACUACGAUGGCACCGGAUCGUUACGUUCGAGGAAGAAAGUACCACCGCCACCGAUACCGAUAAACGCAAUGGCUGCAUCGAGCCGCGGUUACGGUGGUCAAAAUUUCGAUGCUCCGAGCAGAAAUAAUGAGCAGCAAUGGGACUAUGGCGAUAGAAUGCAAAGUAGAGAAUUCCCGGGCGAAAAUCGGGUGAAUCCUAUUCAAGAGAUGCAACGGAUCGGUCGUAGAAACAACAACAACGACGACGAAGAGGACGAACCACCUUUCAACUUUCAGGCAAUGUUGAGAAAAACGAAUCAUCCUCGUGGUUCGAUGAAGCGAAAUCCAGUGUACGAGAGUUACGCAGGAGCGGGGCCUUCGUCAUCGUCACCGCCGCAUAAUCGUCAUCAGCAUCAUCACGCGUCAUCGGAUUACAAUCGAUCGAAUCGAGAGGAUCCUUACGAGUCAGCAGCGGCGAACAAAAGUGGGAGCAGCAGGGUCGAUUCGCCGGAGUGGAGUCCAAACGAGAUGGUCAGGAUGUCAGAAAAGUACGGUCGCGAGGGUGCAUGGGGCGGGGAGCCAUUGGAUUCUCCGAGGAUGGCGCACGUUGAGAUCGCACCGGGAAUCACGGUUCACGGUUACGUUCACGAUUUGUGAAUCGCGUGGACGGACGACAUCCGCUGCUUGAUCGACCUGGAAAUCGUAAGAAACGUAAAACACUUUUUUUUUCUUUCAUUGCUCAACUGACAAGAAGCUCUCGCGAGUUCACACGUGACAAUCAAAGCAAAAGCUGACGAAACGAGCUUUCACAGCCUUUGCAAUAAAGUGACCUUUCGUUCGAGCCGGAUUUUAUUCUCUUAUAUACAAUAAUAAAUAAUCGAUCUCGAUUGAUCUCGCAAUUAUUGUAACGCGAUUGAAUAUCCUGUCGGAGGGAUUCCAAUUUGACAUACCGUUGACACGGACUCUGAACGCGACACCAAGUGGCGCAUAUCCUCGUCGGAGAAUCGAAAUGUCGACGGUGUGCUAUUAUUACGACUGCCUGAUGAAUAACUUUUGAAAAUCGACGGUGCUGCAUCAUCGCGCUGCUCUUCCUCGCGAACCUCACUGAAAACAAAAAAUCAUUGGAACGUAAGAAAAUCUCUUCAUCAUUCAUCGAAUCGACAAGAUUUUUAUUGGCUUUCGAGUUCAUUUUCAUUCGUCGAAUCGAAAUUGAGUUGCCUCAGAUUCUGGCAAAAGAGAAUCUUUCUUUGGUAUUCGAUGAUGUUGCCUUCCAACAUCGAAUGUCAAAGUGAACAAAUUCAUCAACCAAUCAUAAAACAAACAAAAACACAAUCGUUCACGAAGCUUGCCAACUCCUGCGUAAAGAGAAACCAAAUGAAAACGAAUAAUUCUUCUCUCAACGAUGUUUUUCCGACGAAUUUAACGAAAAAAAUCAGAGAAACCCGAAGCGCACCCCAUAGCUAAAAAAAUCCUUCUCGAUACCUCUUCGCGUUGAUUCCGAUUACGAAAAUAAUAAUAAUCAAUCCUAUCAAAAACCAACCUCCAUUAAUUAUAACAUAAACUAUGUUUGUUCAUCAAAUAGUUGAUGAAUGAAGCGAAAUCGAGCUAAUUAUCAACGAUAUAUUGUUGUAUGCACUUAAGAAUAAAUAAAUGAGAAUGUACAUCGAAA